ACUUUUGCACGAUAAUCUAAUUUUUUCACCUGUAUUGGAAGUUUUGUCAGUUAUUAAAAAUAAUUAGCUGGCAGUCUUAAUAUCAUAACUAAUUUCUAAAUUAGGUUGGGUUCUAUAUAUGAUUAGCAGAAUAUAAUUACUACUCAUUGAGGUAAUUUAUUUCAAGUGCUCUGCUGGAUGACAUUCCCUAUUGUAUUAAAAUAAGCAGAAAUCCAGUGGUGGCAGGUCUCCUGAUGAAACCACAACUGGACUUAUGGAAAUGCACUAUUUUCCUUAAUUAUAUUGAUCUAGUAUUGAUUUGAGAAUUGUGACCAGCGUGAGAAAAAAUAUAAACACUUUAUUGAUCCAACAAGGGAUAAAAGUGCCACCAAAGCUCACAAAUAAAUAAUUUUUCCUAAUUAAUGGUUCUUUUCUUUUUUUUUAGAUCUAGGUAUUUUGCUGGCCACUAUGUUUGUGUUAGUAGAAAUGACAGAUACAGUGCGAAUUCCUCCAUGGCAGUUUGAAAGAAAGCUUAAUCAUGCAAUCACUGAAGAGUUAAAUAAGAAGUUGGCCAAUAAGGUUGUGUAUAAUGUUGGCCUCUGUAUCUGUCUAUAUGACAUUACAAAGCUGGAGGAUUCCUACAUAUUUCCAGGAGAUGGUGCAUCACACACAAAAGUACAUUUUAGAUAUGUUGUAUUUCAUCCAUUUUUGGAUGAAAUUCUGGUCGGAGAGAUAAAAGGCUGCAGUCUUGAAGGUGUACAUGUUUCUCUUGGGUUCUUUGAUGACAUACUCAUUCCUCCAGAAUCUCUACAACAGCCUGCCAAAUUCGAUGAAACGGAACAGGUAUGGGUUUGGGAAUAUGAGACUGAAGAAGGAGCGCAUGACCUGUACAUGGAUAUGGGAGAAGAAAUUCGUUUCCGUGUGGUGGAUGAAAAUUUCAUUGAUACAUCCCCAACAGGCCCAAGCUCUGUAGAGCCUUCCACAUCUAGUGGCACUGAGGAGACACAGAAGAAAGAAGCACCCUAUACUAUUGUGGGAUCUAUCAGUGAACCCGGCCUGGGUCUCCUUUCCUGGUGGACUAACAGUUAGCUGAAGGUAAAGAUGGACAGUUACACUGAAAAAGCCAGGAGAUGCAUUGAUCAACAGUUGCAGAAUGGUAACUUUUCCCCCCAUUUCUGCUUUAUAUUAAAUCAAUCUGAUCGAGAUAUAGUAAAUAAAUGAGAGUGCUUAGUGGAAUGUCAUCAAAACAGAAUAACUAUGCAUCCUAACUCUAGAACAUGACUGUAAUAAUCCUGAAGCUUUUAUCCACCAGAUCAGGAUAUAAGCACCUGGGAAUGAUAUGUUAGCUGAAAAGCAAAAGAAAAGAGAAGAGAAGAUCCUCUAAAUUAAAAAAGUACAAAGAAAAAAUAUUCUGAAGGAUUGACCUCAUGCUGCUACAGUUCAUUAUGAAAAUAAAUGAUAAAAAAGACUAAUACUCAAAAAGCACCACUUAAUUUUUUCCCCAAAGGAUGGAAGACCUGCUUGUUUUUUAAAUUCAGACAGGUUACAGUAAAAAUGUGGUAUAGCUAGGACAAUGAUCAAGUUGCUUCUUCUCAGUUUUGUAACAAAUCAUCAUUUGGAAGGGCUGCAACCACUGGAUAAAAUGAAAAUCUGAUUUUCUGCAAGAAUUGCAGUUAAAAUAGAAGAGAAUAUGUAUGGCUCAGGGAUGAACUGUUGACUCCUUGGUGUUCUAUGAGUUUUGUUGUUAGUUUGCACAAACAAGUAGCAUUGGUGUUAACAUUAUUAGAUGAUACUUAGUUGGGUAAAGUUAUGUUUGCAAGCAAACAAUCAAACUCUAUCUAGAGAGCAGCAAGGACUCCGUAUUACCGUCAUAAAUUCUGCAGACAACAAAGAAAACUUACCUUUCUGUCUUAGAAAACAUACAACCAUUACUGUUUUUAGCAUAAAUAUUGCAGAAAGACAGAUGGCCUCCAAGGAAGUUCCAUUGAGAAGACAAAAUUUUACAUAAACACACAUACCUCUACAUGUUGCUAUAGCUCUUUUUCAACAAAAGAAAUUUAUAUGGAAGAAACUCCUAUUUGUCACAUGUUACUUGAAACAGUCCUAGACUGUUUUUAUUGCACUUUGAUAGAAAUUAAGAAUAUUAAAACAGUUCUAAUAUAUUAUCAAAAAACAUCCUUUUAGAACACCUGGUUCUUUCUGACUAUUUUCUAACAAAUAAGCAUCCCAAAUUCUAAGUUUUCAUGAUGCUCCAAUUCUGUGUUUCUGCAGGACUUUUCUAUUCUUGGUGUUAGUUUUCUGUUAUAAUUACCAUUGAGAUGCAAUGUUUUGCUUUUUAAUAUUGUGUAAUAUAAGUUGAUAGAAAGUUGUUAAGUGUGUGGAAAAAUGAAUAAGUUUCAAGUCUAGCUGGUAACUUUACAACUAGGGUUUUCUCCUACCUUUCAAAGAAAGGAUUUUGGACUAAAAGCAAUGAUCUCCACUGGUAUUAAAUUUCCCACUUUUUGCUUGUUAUUCCUUGAUGUUAUAUAAAUGUAUUUAGAAUUUUUAUAUUAUGCAUCAAAAUUUUGAUACUUUUUAUACAAAAUACGAAAUUACUAAGAAUUGACAAUAAUUCUUAUGAUUUUUCUGACAAUUUUUGUGUGACACUUGCUAUUCUAUACCAGAUAUAUUGGACUAUGACCUUUCAGUUGUUUUAAGACUGGGUUCUGUUAAAUUACUUCCACAUGUACCAUAUAUCUGCUCUUCCUUUGGCAGAUUUUUUUUCAUUAAUAGAUGCUCAUUACUAAAUGCAAUCCUCGAGUCUGGAAUAAAUUACUGAAUAAUGUAAUUCUGGGAAUAUGUAUGUAUGUAUUCUUACAAACUGAUUCUGCAUAGCAAAAGAAGAGUUAAAUGCCCACUGAUGAUUCUAUAUUCAAUUUUAACAUUAUUUCUUGGUAGAAUGGCUUUCAAAACUUAAUAAAAUUUGUAAGUUAAAUAAUGCAGAUGUGCAAGAUACACACAGAAAAUAAGUCUUAAAGAAAUUGCCAAACACAAAUAAUAUCAAUAUUUUGUGAUUACAUAAAUUAAGUGUUGAACUUCUGAAAAAUUAGGAUAGUGGGAUGUGAUUGAAUUAUUUUGAUCACUGCCCUAAAAUAUAUCUGCAUAAAGAAUAGUCUUCCAACUACAUGGGUCCUUCGGUAUAACACCAGUCAAACCUGUCAUAUGAAUGAUAUGCAGGAAAAAGACUUCUGCAUUUAAUUGGAACUGGGAUAUCAGUGGCAUAUUUAAACAGCCGAUAUUGGUGUGAAAGGAUUGCACUGGGAACUGUUCAAAAUUUAUUUUAAAAUAAUGCGCAAAAGAGAAAAAAGUGAAACCAAUUAUAAAAACUAGAUUUACAUGUUUGUGUGUGUAGAUAGGUAGAUAACAACAUAUGAUUUUCUCAUUUGCGGCAUUAUUUGCAGUAAUUCCAUUCUAUGCAAUCACCAUAAACAAUAGCAUAUAUUGAAACCUCAACUGGAAACAUGCCUAUCAGGAGAUUCAAAUUUUUCACUGCUCUGCAUGAGUAUGAAAGCCCCACAAGUAUUGAUUUGCCAUUUCAAAUAAAUUUGAGUAGGCAAAUUCACAAAUACAAAAUUCACAAUUAGCAGGAAUCUGCAACACACACACAAACACACAAACACAGGUCUGUCUUAUGUUGUGGAAUUAUUCACAUUUAAAUAUGUUUAUUUAAACAAUGAAAUAAGUUAUUCAGAUUAGUCUUGCGUUUUAUUCUAUGCUUGUAACAGGAGAGCAACCUAAAAUCAUAAAAAUGAAAUAAGCUGUUUAUUUUUGUUAUCCUUUAGUUUAAAAUCACAGUUAUAUACUUAAGAACAUGAGUAUCUACAAAAAAUAUCAAGUCUUUCAGAACAACAUAUACGAAAUAAAUUUGAUCCAAAAAGAUACCACUGUAACAGCCAUAUUAUAUGAAAAUAAAUUGCAUAUUGACAAUGA